AUUUCGCACUCCUCUAGCAACAUCGGCUACUAAAAAGGCAAGGAUCCAACAGUAUCGGGUCCACAAUUCUCGCAUACAGCCAUGAACACAAUCGAAGAAAGCGCAAUUGCGCACCAGAAAGAGCACAGAGCGAAUGACAUCAACGAUGAUGUUGAGAAGGGGAGGGGUAAUGAGCUGGGACACGAGGCAACAGGGCUUUACAAAGAGCACACUGAUCUGCCGCCGCUGAAAGGCUUGUCGUUCCUUGACAGGUUUCUGGUACUAUGGAUUCUCAUUGCUAUGGGCGUUGGUAUUGCAAUCGGCAACACUGUCGAUUCGGCCGGGCCUGCAUUGCAGAAGGGCGAGUUCGUGGGUGUUAGUAUACCCAUUGCCAUUGGUCUACUCGUCAUGAUGUACCCCAUCUUGUGCAAAGUCCGCUACGAAACACUUCACCUGCUGCUCUCGCACAAGGACCUCUGGGUGCAGAUCGGUAUCUCCUUUGUCCUCAACUGGAUUAUCGCGCCGCUAUUUAUGGUUGGGCUGGCAUGGGCCUUCCUACCAGACCGUCAGGAUCUAAGAGAAGGAUUGAUCUUUGUCGGCAUUGCACGCUGCAUCGCUAUGGUACUUAUCUGGACAGACCUGGCGAAAGGAGAUGGCGACUACUGCGCGGUGCUUGUGGCCUUCAACUCGAUACUGCAGAUCAUUCUCUUCGCACCUCUGGCGAUCUUCUACAUUCAGAUUGUCAGCCGUGGCGCAAAGACGAACGUGUCGUACGAGAAAGUGGCGCAGAGUGUUGGUGUCUUCCUGGGAAUACCCCUUGGCGCCGCCGUUCUCACGCGACUGAUCCUCAGAGCUAUCAUCGGCGAGGACAGGUACCAGCGUCGUUUCCUCCGGUACAUUGGACCUCUUUCCCUGAUCGGCCUCUUAUACACGAUCAUCGUUCUGUUCGCCAGCCAGGGCGCGCAUGUGGUUAGGCAGGUCACCGACGUGCUUCGAGUAUGCGCGCCACUGUUGGUGUACUUCCUGGUCCUCUUCUCGGCCACCGUCUGGUUUUGUUACAAGAUGGGCUUCGCCUACAAGCUCGGCUGUGUCCAGGGAUUUACAGCCGCGAGUAACAACUUCGAACUUGCUAUUGCUGUGGUAGUCGCGGUGUAUGGUGCCUCAAGUGGACAAGCGUUGGCAAGCACUGUCGGCCCGCUGAUCGAGGUGCCAGUGUUAGUCGUUCUGGUAUACGUUCUACAAUGGUUCAGGAAGCGGUGGCAGUGGGCCUGAAGACCCAAGAGUCGGGCAGAUGGUGAUCGGCAUAGAUAAUGAACCAGUCUUCGAAUGCGAGCACCGGAGCGACCAUUUGUAGGGUAGCGCGAAUGUCACUUCGGUACUUGGUAAUUCUGCUGUCAGCAAGAGCAAGACACAUGCAUGUGAUGAUGGGAUAGCAAUUGGAAAAGACUGAAGAAAGAAGGUGAACCGAUGAUCUACCAGUGACGGCAGCUAACCCAG